UUAAUCAACAUUCAGCUGGCUAACCGAAUAGUUUAUAUAUCCGUUUGCUUUAGAGAAUUGUGUUCAGUUUUAUCGUGUUCGCACUAUUGAGUGCAUAUUGCAAUUGAGACCGUGUGUACGCGCUUGUGAUUUAUUUUUAAAGUACAAUUUUUUCUGCAAAAUCAUAUGGAUAAAAUGUGGUUUCUUUUAUUCGCAAUCUCUGGACUAUGUUUAUAUUUCUGGGGUAUAUUUGUUGCGCUUACUAUGUUUGAGGCAUACUAUGUGAUACCACGUAAUUCACAUUAUUCAACGACAGCGUUACUUCGACAUUUGGCUACGUUGCCCACCAUUUUUGGCAGCGAUUCAAUUCUAUUGACCGACAUCUCGCAAACAAUAACAACGACAUUGUCCUUGACAUCGGGCACAGUCGCUGCCGCAACGGCAUCACCAACGAACCAAAAUUAUCCGCAUAUCAUUCAUGAUCGCUUCCACAUUUACGGUUAUUAUAGUGGCAAUGAACCAGCGCAUCAGGUCAACUACUAUGAUCAACUUCUGUCUUAAUUCAAACCCACCGAAUAUCAAUUACAAUUCAAUCGUUAGGCUUAUAUAACUCAAAAUUAAAAGACAAUUUUAUUCAAGUGAAAACCACAAAAAGGCGAACAAAUUUCGUAAGUGUCAAAAAAAAAAAACAAUCAUAAAAACAAACAUAUAAAAGAUACGAGUGUGCGUGUGAAAGUAGAAACCGCGUGAACAAUGUUUUCAUUUCAUAAACCAAAAGUAUAUCGCUCAGCAACCGGGUGUUGCAUUUGCAAAGCCAAAUCGUCUAGUAGUCGAUUUACCGCAUCGAUGAAAUACGAAUCGGAUUUCGAAGAGUGUUUCCGAUUGGAUGAACAGCGUCAGGGUGAAAUUUGUAAUGCGUGCGUUUUAUUGGUAAAACGUUUCAAACGUAUGCCAGCAGGUCAACGACGGCAUUGGGCACACGUUGUCGACGCACGUAUCGGUCCCGGAAUAAAAUCGAUGACAAAAUUCAAGAAACGCAAAGAAGAGCAAAUGAAACAAGAAAAAGCAUCAACAUCCACUGAAUUUGCCGGCCAAUCAAACACAAACGCUCAAAACAUUCGCAACAAUAGUACCAUGUCAGAGAGAUUUGGAAAAAUUUUCAAAAAAACUCAAAAGAAAAAGGUGGCACCAGCUCAGGCAAAUGACGAAAAUUCGCAACCAACCAGCCCAUCGUCGAUCAGUGAUAACGAUCGAAUGAGUGACGAUGCUUCCGACGAUCGUCUUGAAUGUUACGAAGACAUGCGCUCAAUCAUUGGUGAAUCGGCCACAAAUCGUCGUGAUAAACGCAAACAAGCGAAACCAAUGAAGUAUCAAAAUCAAACACUUCACCUGCAAAUGCACGUCAUUGACCUAAGCAUAUGGGGAUCGCGCCAGAUUUGCUGUGGCAAAUUCUACGAAAGUAAAAAAUUCGGAGCAAUAUUGUUUGAUUUAAAUCAAUUUUCAUCAUAUUCGUGUUCAGUUCAUGGCAAACAGUUGCCAUCGCCGUCAUCAUCAGCCUCCACAUCACCAUCGAGUGGAGAAAAGAAAGGAGAAUUGUCGUCGACCAUAAAAUUACCCCGAAAGAAGCAACUGUUGAGACAAUUUGACGCCACACCAGCCGUUGAACCAGUUGAACAAGCAGUGCCAAUUGAUUACUCACAACCAACAACAUCCAAAUCAGCAAUUUCAAAUGCGUUCACCUCAAAUGGUGUAAUCCGAGAACCCACCACUUUGACUAAACUUCGUGGCAAUUCCGGGAAAGUGGCGAAGAAAACGCCGAAAAAGAAUUUAAAUGGCAUUAAAAAUCUCGUGAAAUUGUGCACAUCACAGAAAGUUGUUAGCGCAACCGCGGCAGCAGCAGCCGCCGCCGCAACCACAGCAGCAACAACAGUAGCGGCAACAGUGACCGCUUUACAUAGUGCAAUCAAUAAGCACAACGAACAAGCUGUGGCCAAUGAAAAUGAGAAUAUCACCAAUACGACCACGAAAGCCACUGAACUAAUUGUCGUUAAUAAAUUCAGCGACAAUUCGUCAGAUUCGGGGUAUGAUGAAGCAUUGCAUGACACAAACCAACUUGAAAAAUUGAAUCAAAUUGUUAAUAUUGGCACACCGCGUCCGGUUAUGUUGUCCAAUGGCGUUUUAUUGCACGUUAAAAAUCGCGAAAAUCUUUUGCGUGCCGCUAAAUUUGCUGGUGUCUCUCAGACAGCCAUUCAAACCACACAGGCAAACAUGAAAGCGAUGAAUGGCCAAACAUUUCAAGAAAAUACAUCAAGCUAUAAUUGUAUUAAACCAGCACAUGAAAUCAUCAAUAAUAAACCAGGCGUUUUUAUGGUUACACCGAGCGUCUAAGCAGUUACCAAAUAAUCAAGUUUAGACGAGCAUCGCGAAAUUUUCGUCAUAAUCUCAUUUUUCAACUAUGAACGAACAAAAAAGAGACAGUUUUGUUUCCAUUUCAAUUUGAUAUUGAUAAAACUAUUUAAUAGACACAAAUCGGACAAGUAACUUUAAGACAUGAACAUUUCACACUACAGUAUUUCCAUUGAUGGUGAUGCAGUGUAAAAUCAGUCUAUGUAUUUCGGAUGGAUAUCCAUCCGAGAUAUUUUAGAAUAUCUGGAUAUUUAACGCAACUGCACAGAGCCAGAGCUGUGUGC